CGUGAACCAAUCAGAUGAGGGUUGGCGUCUGCAUUAAGACCCUCACCAGUGUCACUUAUUCACAAUAUUGACUGAGAUGGAGAGGCCAAGACUUGCUCUUAUCGCACUCAUGUUUUUACUGUUUCAUCAGAAAUUAAUCUUUGGAGAAGAAGUGGAGAUGAAAGUCAGACCAGGAGACAACAUCACUCUCUACUGUGAUCGCUCUGUAACUCUUGGUUCUGUUGUUGUAUGGAUAAGAAACUGCUCUCAUGAAAGUCAACCUUCUCUCAUAAUAGAUUAUAAGAAACUGGAACUGGAGAUAUUUCAGCGAUUCAGCUUUAUCCACAACACCUAUAAUAAUUCUCAUGAUCUACAUAUCACUAAUAUCAGUGUCUCUGAUCUGGGACUGUACUACUGUGCAAAAGUAGAGAAAAAGGUAAAUCAAGAUGAAAAAGGCAUCCUCUCCCGGUCUGAGGUGUACUAUAAUGGAAACCAAACAACUCGUCUCUCUCUGGAAUUGACUUCCUGUUCUAAACCCUCUGCACCUCCUGACUGUCUGCUUUGCUGGACGCUGUUGUUCAGUGUGUGUCCGGUGUUUCUUCUCCUCUCCUCCAUAUGUGUGGUCUGCUUCUGUUGUAAGAAAACGACAGAUGCUGCGACAGAUCAGACAGAUAAGUUAAAAGGUAGAAAUACAGCUGAGUGCGUGGAUGAAGAGGUGUGUUAUGCAUCUUUAGAUGUGAUUACCAAGAGACAGAAACAACGCAAGACAAAGCGAGUGCAGAGUUCUGACUUCAGUACUUACGCUCAGGUCAGAACACAAACUGAAUAGACCUAAAACAGAACUGAGGUGGAUUCUGAAAAUUUCCAAACAUAAGAAAAGUUGCAGGUUUCAUUGUCAUGUAACAUCACAUCUAAUCAUACAAGGUAGAGGACUUUUUACUAUUACAUUUGAAUGUAAAAUAUGUAAUUCCAAACUUGGAUACUUUUUUCACAUGAUUUUUUUUUAUCAUCUAAUAAAUUCAAACACGUAAUUUUGUUAUUCUGGUACUGUUGGAGUGCAAGGGUUUUUGUUUUUUUACCUCUAAUAAAAGUGCUUUAGUACAGUCUUUGUGGACACACAGUGAUGAUCUAAAUAACAGGAUGUGGUUUCCUUUGUGAAGUGAUGCUUAUUUUAAAGUGUUUAUUUCUCUUAAACUGAAUGACUGCAAAAUUUAUCUAACCCAGUUUUUCAAUUUAGCCCAAUUUCCAUAAAGCACACUCCAUGCUGAUUAGGAAAGUGUGUUUGGAUAACAGCUUGUGACAAGCAAACAGACUUAAAUUCUUAAAACUUAAAAAAAGAAAAAAAUUCAGAUGCCCACUUUAGAUCCUUCUCAUUAGUAAUAUACAUUCAUUUUCUUAUUUUUAUUUAUUUCCUUUAGAAAUGUGCAUUAGAUCUGUCUGGUUGCUAAUUGUGCAUAAUUUUUUGGAAUAGUUAAAUCAAAUUAAAAUAAAAGCAAAUUUGAAUCAAAUAUUCAAAGCAUCAGAGUUUCUCUUCAAAGGGUUUUUACUCAGUCACACUGUGUUUUUCUCAAGAAAGGGUCUUGU